AUGCAAACAGCCCUCGUGUGCCUGUGCCUGUGCCUGCUCAACACAGCCCUCUCGACACCCGUGCCACCACCGCUGCCCGGGAGAGCUGCUGGGAACUGCGUGGGACAACACCGGAUACUGCUGAAAGGCUGCAAUGCCAAGCAUGGCUUCUACGUUUUCAAAUAUGUCUACUCAUUUUCGACGCGGAGGAACCAAACACAGAUAAAGAAGGAAGAGGCUGACAGCCAGAGCACUGUCCCUAGUCAGCGGCUGGGCGAGGACGAUGCCAGGCAGGGGCCAACGGAGGACGGGGCAACCCUGGAGCGAGGUGACAAUGGCAGCACCGGUGCGAUGGAGAUUGGGACUGGCCUCAAGCCCAGAAACCACAGUGCCCCAGGUGUCGGCGGGGAUGCUCACAGUCCUCGCCUGGGCACCAGCACAGGAGCGCGUGGUAGUGUCAGCGUCGUGGGUCCCACCCCAGCCAGCUCAGAGGGCAGCGGUGACCUGGAUUUGGUGGUUGAAGUUGAUGGUGGUGUUUCCAUUCUCCCCCAGGGAGGACGCCCCAGUGAGGCCGUGGCAGGGAACAGGUCCGGUGUCAGGAGCGAAGACAGGGACGAUGGUGCCCCUGGGGGGGUCACCUGGGGCACAGGGACAGGAGGGGCUGCUCUCGCCUCCAUUACUGAGAAGACGGAAGACGUCCAAGUUGAUGCCGAAGGUGUGGAUGAAUACGCUUACGUCCCCGACUCAGGCAGCGUCACUGUCACCCACGGAAAGGUGGGCAGCACAGGGAGGGCCACCAGCUUCACCCAGAUCUCUCCAGACAAGGAUGAUGAGGUCAACAUCUUCAUUGGGAGGGCCAACAUCCACGUGGGGGAGCAAGAAACCACCCAGGUUGGUGCCACUGCUGGCAGCGAGAAUGACAGCACCCCUACUCCGGGAACCAGCAGCUCCCUGCCCGGGCUGGGCAUCACUGCGGCACAUGACAGCGAUGACAAUGAUGGCAUACCUGCUCGCGGGCAGCCUGAGGGACUGGCCACCACAGCUACCCCAAGCCAUGAGGACAGGGUCACCAGCAGCCCUGGGGAUGGCCGUCCCACAGGAGACGAUGAGGAUGGUGCCACCACCAUUGGUGAUGGAGAAGGACCAGUGGCCCCCGGCCCCUGGAGGGUCACUGGUGGUGAUGUUACCGCCCCCACAGGGGCUGGCAUCCGUGGGAACGGUGACGAUGAGGCGAGAGGUGAGGGGCAGAGGUUCGAGGGGAGGCCGGGCCACCUGGCUGUUACCACCCCGCACCAGGGCGGUGACGAGGAGGCCGUUGCUGCUGUCCCAGCUGAGGGGGCCAGCAUCCGCCUGGGCACCACCGUGGCCUCCCCCGGGCUGAAUGCGUACAUUAAUGGCAGCAAAGUGCUGAUCACCGCUGUGUCCUGA